AAGAAGAAGAAGCUGCUUUCUCAGUAACGUUAAUAUUAGACUGUAGUAGAAGAACGCGUGACACAUGGCGCGCUGCAGUGUCGUCGCCCCGCUCUCGGGAAGAUUGUAGCGUUACUUUCAGGGGACGUGCGCAUAACCGAGUGGAGUUAAUGGUGUAAAUGAUGCGUUGUCAGCGCGACGCUUCGCAGCUCUGCUUCCUGGGACUGCUGCUGCUGGCGGAGCUGCUCUACGCGGCAGGUCUCGGAGUGAAUGAACUGCUCUAUUUCCGAAUCCUGAGCCCUGAAGAUAUUGGCUACAUAUUCAGUGCAGCACCUGCUCGGGACUUUGGUGGGGAUUUCACCUGCUCCUAUGAUGAGAUCUUCCUGGUGCCAGCUGAGCCGCCUAAUGGCUGUUCAGAGCUAAAGAACAAAGAGUUGAUAGAGGACCAAGUUGUACUUGUGGAGAGAGGGGGCUGCUCGUUCGUACAGAAGACACGGAUUGUCGAGGAAGCUGGAGGAAAGGCUGUGUUAAUAGCAGAUAACGCUUCUGACAAUGACAGUCAGUACUUGGACAUGAUCACGGAUGGCACAGCCGAUCGUCCAAGCAUACCAGCUCUUUUCCUUUUGGGAAGGGAUGGAAUGAUGAUUCGUCGCUCCUUGCAAAGACAUUCUCUUCCAUGGGCAGUCAUCUCUAUACCUGUGAAUGUGUCCAGUCUGGCUUCCUUCCCCCUGCAGCAGCCACCCUGGACGCUGUGGUAGAGACUCUGAGACAGGCUGUCCUGCACAAACUUGCUGAUUUAUGCAUGUAAGCACAUGAAAAUAUGACCAACCCAGCCCUAAAAGGGAGCUGUCCUCUCUUGUUGAGGACUUGAGAGUAGAGAUGCAUCUGAACUCUCUGAAUGUUGCAGACUAUUACAGAUAUGACAAUUCUAUCUAUUCCCUUACUAUUUUGCUUAAGAUUGUGGCUACUCCAGAAGGUUUUUUUCUGUUCUAACUAGGCAACAAGCCACCUGUUUCAACUUAAACUGAACCUUUUACAAAAAAAAAAAACCCUUUUCCAGCUUUUAAUGGUCUAGGGAAAACUUAGAACAUGUGCUGGACAAUGGUCCAGCUAAACCAUGUAUCCUGUCCUUUAACCUCUGUGCUGAACAUGUCAGUGUUUCCCCAAACAUUGCUUCCCAGUGAUUUUUCCAAAGAGGUUGACUUUUUGCUGCACCUCCUGUCAAAGUCUCUGUUAAAUUUGUUACUUAAAGUUAAUCUUAAAGGUGAAAGUAGCAAAUCUGACCACAAUAUAUCAAUGGAGACUGCAAUAUUGCUUACUUAUAUUCAACCCUUGGCAGCCCUACCCCUAACUGUAGUGCUUAGUGUUAAACACAGUUUGUCUGUUGCUGUUUACCACCAUGGUAGGAAACAUUCAGAGGAAAUGCUGCGUGCAUGCUGUGUCUCUGCCUUCAGCGCUACCAGGGAGACUGCAGACCUUUGACCCUACUUUGGAUGCACUCUUUCACAAUGCAGAGUGCUGACAGGCGGCCGAUCAGCACCUGUUCAGACAAGCAAAUGAUACAGCACCUUUCUUGCCAAGCAGUUCUGUGUCUUCUGUUGUAUUCUCUCAGUAGUAAACGGAACAGAAAUUGAAAUCUGAAAUGUGUACACAGUACUGUGCCACACAAGCAGUUGUUACCUUUUAUAAUUUAUUCUUUUAAAUUUCUUAGAAUAACUUGAACAUGAUUUGUAAAUAGUCAUAAUAAAUUUGUUACCAUCAGA